CAAAGAGUGCGCCGUCCCAAACUGGAACUCAGAAUCAGAAAGCAAUUUACAUUAGAAAAAUAAAGGAAGCAGAGAGCAAAACGAAAAUCACCAUAAAGCAGUAAACAUUCGAGCACGUUAUAUCUGAAAACAAAACGGAGGAGUAAACUUAGGGUUUAGGGUUUCGAAGAUUUUGAAGCAGCGAUCGGGAGCCAAUGGAGAGUGCAUUAGCAAACGCCUCGGCGAUCGUAGACCAGAGGCAAAAAAUCGAACAAUACAAACACAUUCUAUCAACGGUUUUAUCAUCAAAUGAUAUCCUUCAAGCCAAGAAAUUUAUCGACCAUAUGUUAUCGGAUGAUGUUCCAUUGGUGGUAUCAAGGCAGCUUUUACAAACGUUCACACAAGAAUUGGGGAGAUUGGAGGCAGAGUUACAAAAGGAAAUUACUCAUUACAUCCUUGAUCAGAUUCACCCUCGUGUAGUUUCAUUCGAAGAACAGGUAUUGAUUAUCCGAGAGAAACUUGCCGAGUUGUAUGAGUCAGAGCAGCAGUGGUCAAAGGCAGCGCAGAUGCUAAGUGGGAUUGAUUUAGACUCUGGAAUGAGGAUCAUUGAUGACACAUUCAGAUUGUCGAAAUGUGUCCAAAUUGCUCGUCUAUAUCUUGAGGAUGAUGAUGCUGUUAACGCAGAAGCUUUUAUUAAUAAAGCUUCAUUUUUGGUUAGCAACAGUCAGCAUGAAGUAUUAAUUUUACAGUACAAGGUCUGUUACGCAAGGAUUUUGGAUUUAAAGAGGAAGUUCUUGGAAGCAGCACUCCGAUACUAUGACAUAUCUCAAAUUGAGAAGCGACAAAUAGGAGAUGAAACAAUUGAUGAGGAUGCACUGGAGCAAGCUCUAUCUGCUGCUGUAACAUGUACAAUAUUAGCUGCCGCAGGUCCUCAACGCUCUCGUGUUCUUGCCACCCUUUACAAGGAUGAACGGUGCUCCAAGCUGAAGAUUUAUCCGAUAUUACAAAAGGUUUAUUUGGAGAGAAUAUUAAGAAAACCUGAAAUUGAUGCAUUUUCUGAAGAACUGAAACCACAUCAGAAAGCACUGCUUCCUGAUAAUUAUACUGUGCUGGACCGUGCCAUAAUAGAGCAUAAUCUUCUGAGUGCUAGCAAACUGUACACAAAUAUACGUUUUGAUGAGUUGGGUACUUUGCUGGGCAUUCCUCCUCAUAAGGCUGAGAAGAUAGCCUCAAGAAUGAUUUGUGAAGAUAGAAUGAGGGGAUCAAUCGACCAGGUGGAAGCUGUUAUACAGUUUGAAGAUGACACUGAAGAACUCCAACAAUGGGAUCAACAGAUAGUUGGUGUGUGUCAAGCUCUUAACGAUAUACUUGAUAGCAUGGCCAAGAAGGGCAUGGAAGUUCCCAUCUAAUCCUGACCAGUCGGUACACUGUUCGAGAACAAAGAAACUUAGAAGAGAAUUUGCCUUAGCCAUUUCGCCCAGAUGCAUAAAAGAACCCUGUUCAACCAUUCUUAUUUAUUGCAUAUUUUAGUUCUCGAGAUUUAGUUUUGUAACUGCAAUAUUGUCUGUUAGGCAGGAAGAUAUGGGAUUCUGGAUCAAAUUUAAAAUCCUGUAAUUAUUUUCUUUUAAUUUUUUCAGUUGUUUAUUAGGAAAGGUGUUUCAUUAAUCAGUUAUGAUAUGCCCAAAUCAAUCCGAGGUUUACCAUAAA